GAGUCGUUAAUGUCGACGAAUGCCGCCAGGAGCGCGGCGGUCAGACUUCAGUGUGUGUCUAGACGUGGUGGGGGGAGGUUGUGUCUCUUGGACUAUAAAUUUGUUAAGAGAACUUGCAGAGAUACUUCCAAUACAGACAUAUUCUCUCGUUGCAACUACGUGCUAAUUCUGUGGAAGUGAUUGCAAUGAUGGAUAAGCAAACUAAUCCCUAACUUUGGAGCCUAAUAUUGUUGGGAUUGGAAACGGUUUUAGUUGAUAAAGGAAGGAUUUCUUAAAGGGUCUAAGGUGGUGAUUUGAACGAGGAGUGAGAGAGUGAUCUGAGUCUUCAAGGAUGUGGUAGGCCCGCUUGUCUCAGCUUCAUGGAGAGGGUGAGGGAGAUGAGGGGAUCUGUGGGCGAGGCUCUCGGGUCGUGCCUACGGGAGUGGCCCAAGCCCAGGCUCGACCACCUGCCCUCGGCCACCUGGGCCAGCGUCAAGGCUGGUGUUGACAAGAUCCCAUGGCCCGCAUGGGGAGAAGUAAAGGAGAGCCUCAAACCGGACUGGGGUUCGAUUAAGAAUUCUGCCAAAAUCCCCGCCUGGUCGGACUUGCCCAAGCCUAGUCUGGAGAAUAUAAAGAGGCCUUCCGUACAUGGGUUCAGGUCGAGCCUGAGUGACCUCCGCGAUAACUUACAAGACAGAGUGACCUCAUUUGGGGAGCGGGUGACCUCCUCGGUGGAUUGGCCAGAGGUCAACAACAGCGGUGACCGGCGGGGUCAGAGGUCACGGUCAGAGUCGACUUUACGGUCCAGGAGUCGAGUUAUGAAGAGAGGAAAGAUGAGGAGAGCGGAAUGGUAUUCGUCUUGUUUCUGUUUUAAGGGUUCGGAGCCUCCACAAAUUGAACAUGUGGUGUCGGAACAGCCACAGAUGGUGCAGAUGGCGCCGCCGCCAAACAUGACAGACAAUUUGGCACCAGAGGAACUACAGACCAAAGUCACAGAAUUAUUGGAUGAACUGGAUUUGACGGCCAUACAGAAAAAUGGCAUUCUCAAUUUUCCUCCCGAGAAGCAGCUCCAGCUUCUUUAUGACUACCACACUCUUCAGUCUUCCAAUAAGAAAAUUGAGCGGCCGGAAGCCUAUAUUGCCAAACUGGAAGAGUACUCGGAGCUGACAGUACCUACGGACCAGUACCAACAACACUCAUGGCUCAAGUACACAGAGGGGCUGAAGACGGCGCUUGCCACGCAAAGCAACACUUUCGUUAAUGAAUUUAUGGAGGCUGGUGGACUGGCAUCACUCCUGCAGUUCCUCACCAAGAUGGAUGACACAACAUUCCAGUCUAGUAUCCACAUGCACGUGAUCGCCUGUGUUAAAGCUUUAAUGAAUAACUCGAAUGGACGAAAACACAUCCUGGCUCAUCCCACAUGUAUGAACGUAAUCUCACAAAGCUUGAGUACAGAGAACCUCAAGACGAAAACUAUGGUUUUGGAAAUACUCGGAGGUGUCUGUCUACUACCUGGCGGUCACAAGAAGGUUUUAGAGGCCAUGCUUCACUUUCAAAAAUUUUCAGGGGAGAGAACGAGAUUUCAAACCCUCAUCGUAGACCUCGACCGAUCAUGGGGAAACUAUGCAGAUGAGUUAUCUCUAAAGAUCGCAGUCAUGUCCUUCAUUAAUGCCAUAAUACGCUGGGGUCCUGGCGAAGAUUCUCUGGAGUUUCGGCUUCAUCUUCGCUACGAAUUCCUCAUGUUGGGUGUUCAGCCUGUGAUUGAAAAGCUGCGAGGUCUUCAAAAUGAAAUCCUGGAUAAACAUCUGGACGCCUUCGAGUUCUACCGGGCGGAGGACGAGCGAGAGUGGGCGAGACGGUACGAAGAGGUCCAUGUGGACACCAAGAGCGCCACCUCCAUGUUCAAACUCCUCCAGAGCAAACUCCAGUACUCCGCAGCCUAUCCACACUUCCUCAGCCUCCUCCAUCACCUUCUCCUGCUGCCCACUGAUAUAGGAGCACCGGACCACUGGAUUCUCUUUGACCGCAUCUUGCAACAGUUGGUGACCCAAGGGGAGGACGGCCAGGACCGGGAAGUGGCGCUUCUUGACAUCAACGUUAACAGCAUUGUCAAGCUCAUUGCAAAUGAACGAGAGUUGACAGAAAGCAGAAAGAAAAUAACCAAAUUAGAAGGAGAAUUUUCUGAUGUUGUAACAGAUUUGAACCGAAAAGAGCAAGAACUCUUCAGUGCGUGUCAAGAGAAGGAGGAGCUGUCACAGACACUCGCCCAGGUUCGUGGGCAGCUGGAGUCAGAGGUGCGGGCGGGUUCUGAAGCACAGCAGCGGAAUAGUGAACUGGACACCCGGAUACAGUCGCUGACCCGCCAAAUCCAAGAGUUGGUUGCUGGUUCCAUAUCUGAUGAUGUCAAGGCUACCAUUGCCUCUGCCAAGGCUCUACAAGAUGGCAUCCUGAAAGGGGCACCAUGUCCCCCACCACCACCACCUCCCAUGAUGAAUGGGGGUCCCCCACCUCCUCCCCCCAUGAUGAAUGGUGCACCUCCACCCCCUCCCCCCAUGAUGAAGGGUGGACCCCCACCACCCCCACCAAUGAUGAAUGGGGGUCCUCCAGGGGGGCCGCCACCACCACCAAACAGCAAUAAAUUAAAUAAGCCAAGCAAACAAAUACCCAAAUCGGCAAAUCAACUUCGAGCAUUUAACUGGUCAAAGAUGCCAGAUUCCAGAGUAACGGGCACAAUCUUCGCCACGCUUGAUGAGUGUCCACUAUACAAGUUCAUGGACCUGGAGGAUAUUGAUAGAACCUUCGAUGCCACAGCCGGCAAAAAAGGAAAUGGGGAGGGAGAGAAAACACUGGAGAGAAUAAAGUCACAGAAGAUGCAGCAGAUCAGUGUGCUGGAGAAUCGUCGCCAGCAGAACUGCACGAUCCUUUUAUCAAAACUAAAAAUGACAAAUGAAGAGCUCAUCAGAGUACUCUUGAAAAUGGACAGUGAUGGAGAACUGGCCCCUGACAUGAUGGAACAACUCCUAAAGUUCACGCCAACAGCUGAAGAGAAGUCCAUGCUAGAGGAACAUCUCGAUGAAAUUGAAAAUUUGGCACGAGCUGACCGCUUCCUUUACGAGAUAUCAAAAAUUGAUCACUACGAGGAGCGACUUCGAUGUCUGCACUACCAGAAGAAGUUCAAAGAGCGACUGGCUGAAUGUGAACCGAAACUUUCUUCAGUCAUCAAUGCAAAUAAAGAACUAAGAAAUAGCAAAAGACUGAAGAAGUUUAUCGAAGUUGUUUUAGCCUUCGGAAAUUAUAUGAACAGAGGUGCUCGAGGUGGUGCUUAUGGUUUCCGCGUAUCUUCCCUAAAUAAGCUAACCGACACAAAAUCCUCUAAUAACCGAUCCAUUACACUACUCCACUACAUCGUCCGAGUUUGUGAAAAGCAGUGGAGAGACAUCCUCAGACUAGACGAAGACUUCCCUAACAUCAAGGAGGCAGCCAAAGUGAACAUUACCGAGUUGGAGAAGGAGAUCAGUGGCCUGCGACAAGGGCUCGACUUUAUCGAGAGAGAGGUCACGUGGCACAGAGGCCAGGGAUCUCCGCCCCCUGGAGAUCGCUUCCGCCUAGCCAUGAACGAGUUCACAGCUUUAGCUAAGGACAAGUUCACUAAUAUGGAGGCCCAGUUUAAUUUGAUGAAGACACAGUUUGAAAGUGUUACGACUCUCUUCGGGGAGGACUCGAAGACAACGCAGCCGGAGGAUUUCUUCGGCACCUUUGACACCUUUAUCGACAUGUUCAGAGAAGCAAAGAAAGAUCUGGAGAAUAUGAAGAAAAAAGAGGAGGAGGAAGAAAGAAAGAAGAAGGAAGCAGAGCGUCGUGAAGUUGAGAGAGAGAAGCGUGCAAGGGAACGCAUCUCUAGAGUCGCCAAUAAUGGUCAGCCUAAUGCAGGAGACAGUAGCUCGGGUGGCGAAAAUGAAAAUGACUUUGAUGACCUCAUCUCGGCUCUUCGCUCUGGGGACGUUUUUGGAAAGGAUAUUGACAAGAUGAGACGUAAAAAGAAGCACUCAUUUAAUUCUACGUCGAGGGAAAGGGAGCGAGAGAGGAUUAUUGGGUCCCACAAAUAUGCUUGAGCGAGUGUUGCGAAUGUAUGUGUUUAAGAUAUUUGGUUAGUGCUUUACUAUGAGUAAAGGUUUGUAAAUAAGGCCUUAAUGAUGCAUCACUCUAGGCAUGUAAUUGCUUAUUUAAUACACACAUCACUGCCAGCUCAUUUUUCAGGUUACCGUUGCUGGAGUUUGUGAAAGAAAUAUAAUGGAUAAAUUAUGACCAAAUGUAACUUCAAAUUUCUAUAGCACUGAUAAUACUAAUUCUUCAGAUUGGCCGUCAAGUUAAGCAGUAAAUAUUUUGCAGUCAUAUUCACUAUUAUUUACAGAUAAUAUUCAUGUAGAGUAUUUGUGUUUUGCAUAUGAUCUUGUUAAAUUCAUUACAGUACAUUAAUGCAAUAUAUUAACCAAGUUCCUACAGGUUCAACACAUGGCAAAGCAUAAUUAAAAUAAGAAUAUUUUCUUGAAUGUAUUGCUGGGUGAGACUGGAGAAUGUUUAGCACUUUUGUCAUCAUUUGCAUAAUUUAAAUGCUCUUGCUGAAUAGAUGAGUAAGGUAGUAUUCCAUUUAAUUUUAAAAAUCAAAGUCCAAAGUUAAAAUAUAUAAUGUAUAUAUGAUUUUGUAUAAAUUUAAAUUUAAUACAAUCAUCCAGCCAAAUUUGAAUGCAUUCAUGUAAUCAGAUUGUGUUAUCCUUUGUGUCCAUUUUUGUAAUAGCUUAGAUAUCAGGAGUAUAGUUUCAGAUAAUCACUUCUGACAUUUGAGUUGUUUGGUUGUCUUGCACAGAAAGUCCUGACCAUUUAGGAGUGAUAGUGGCAAGCUAAAAACACAUCUGUGUAAUUACCCAAGUCUAAUCACACAUUUAAUUGUGAAUGUGUGUGUGUGCGUAAUUACUUAGGGAAUUAUACGCAUACACACACAUUCACACUCGCAAACGUGUAAUUACACUUUGGCAAUUACAUAGUUAACUAACUAGUAAUUGCACACACAAUACAAAAUUUAGAGUUUAAACUAUAUUAGUUAAAUGACUCGUCACCUGACAAAUGCAAGUUUCUGAUUUUCUGACGAUACAGUGCAUCCUGUUUAAUAUUUAGAGAAUAUUUGUGAUGUUGACGUAUGUCUGAAAGAAAUUGCAAUGAUAUAAAGUAGAACAUGACAUGUUUUGAUCAGCAUUUGAUUGUGAUUACAGUAAUUGAUUUUAGCAAAAUUCUUGUGCACAGUGUACCAUAUUUAUCAUAAGUUCAGAAAUAUAAAAUAUUUCAAUGUGUAAAUUUUUAGCAGAGGAGUUUUAGCCAUUUUUCAUUCUGGAGCCAAGUAUUGUGAAUUUCUGUGAUAUUUUUAUAAUUUCUCAUUUUGCUACGACACUUACCAAAUAAUGCAUUUAUACGGUUGUAGUUUCCCAUUGCAGAUAUGUAGACGAACUAGUCACGAGUAACGUGAUAAUUUGGUGUGGGUGGAAGCUGCCUCUCAAAUGUGAUCAUUAACAGCAUUACCAAAUUACUGCCUCUCUAUACUGUGAGACUUGAUUACUUGGUUAUUCUUAGCUAUAGGGCAAUUUCACGCGCACCGCACUGUUAUCACGCUACUGUACAUUCAUAGUGGAUAUAGCACCAUGAAGAGUUGUUUGCUUGUUCAGUAAUUUGGUACAGCAUAGUUCUUGUAUUUUAUGAGUACAGAUGCUUUUGAUAUCAAAAUGUGCUUGAAAGUUUCAAUGGAAAAUCUUAAUUUUAUUUCUAUAUCUAGAUUCUUAUAUAUUUCAGAGCCAGUUUAUUGAACAAAUAAUAAUUUUAUGUACUGCAAAGUUUAAUAAUUAAACAUUUUCAGUGUAAGCACUUGUGGUUUAUAGCAAAAAUUAUACCCCAUUCUUUAAUAAAAUCUAGCUAUAAUUAUUUUUUACAUUGUGCAGUAUUAGCUAUGUAAUGCCAUUAUGAAAUUUUACAUUUACAAAUUUCAACCUGAAAUUCUGCAGGAAAUAACUUUGGCUUUAAAUGCACAUUAACACAGUACAGUAUAGCUCUCUCAUCCCAAAGUUGCUUGGCAAGGCAAACAAUUUAAAAAUUCACAGAAAAUGUUGAUUGUCAUUCACUUUCUUUGUAUUAUAUAACGGAGGAAUCAUUAGUGAACUUAUUGAUGCUAAAAAAUAUAUAUAUAUAUAUAUAUUCCCAUUGACGAGACCAGCAGCUGCUCAUGGCUUGGUUCAUUAAGGGAAGGGGUGCAAGGUGCUCACAGGUAAUGCAAGUCUGUUGUUCAAAGUCUCGAAAAACAUGUUGACAAGUUGCAUUUUACAAAACCUAAAGGAACCUAGAGCUCGUUUAUCUGAAUUGUUCCACAAGGUUACCUUGAGGUUACCUUGAGGUGCUUCCGGGGCUUAGCGUCCCCACGGCCCGGUCGUCGACCAGGGCCUCCUGGUUGCUAAAGUAAGUUGGUAAGUUGCUAAAGUUGCUAGGUAAGGUGACCUAAACCUUCCAUGUCCUAGGGUUCCAUAUACUUUUGUAAUACAGCUUGAGCAAUGUCCUACUACUACCAGUGUCAUCAUUAUGCUAAAUGUGUGUGGUUUAAAUGUCUUUCAAACAACUCCUCAUGGUACAUAGAACAUAUAGCCAACAAAGAUAUAAAUAAUUAUAGUAGCUUACAAGACAUGUUGGGUUGGCUGUUCUUCUGAGGGGGGUGCCAACUCGCAGGUCAAUAACAUAGUUUAUUAUCAGAAUAAUCAUGAUGCAAGUGCUGCAUUCUUGUGAUAAAGAGAGUAUUGUUAAACAUUAUAAGAUAUGUACUAUAGCUGAUGUUUCUUAACUGUCUGGUUGUACAAACUUCGUUUCAAGAAGAGGUAAUGCUGCAGAAUGAUGGUACGCAUGUAAAGCACGAUGCUACAGUUCAUGGCUUCAGUUUUGUGCGUUCACACACUCACCUUAUGUUCCGACAUUGAAAAGCCUUAAAUACUACAUAGCCCACUGCAUGGCUAUUAGGUAAUAACAAUACAAAUUAUGAAAUGCCAUGUUUAAAUUGCCAAUCAUGUGUGACUUGAGCAGUUUGAACAAUUAUCAGCAUGUAUACAAAUGCGUAAUUAUUGCAUUGAUACAUAAUAUAUUGGUACUGUUCCGUAGUGGUAAAACGUAAUAUAAAUACAGUAUCUGUUCACAUGUCCACCAUCAAUUUAAAUACAGUAUGCCAUUUUAUAUAUACAACAAAUAAUAUAAUUACAUUUUAAAAAACUUACCUUGAAAUUAUAUUUCCUUCAAGACAUGGAUGCACUAAAGUCAUAUCUGUACAGUACUGAAAUGAUUAGCCCUUUAUCUUAAAAUUGCUUUAAAGUACAAAAUAAGUGAUAUUGCAUCCUGACCAAGUGAGUGGAAUUGUGAUUUUCAAAGUGCAUGUCGACACUAUUUCAUGAAUUAGCCAAUUUUGUAUCAUAUAUUUACUAAUUCGCUCCUUGGUAAUACAUUAAGGAGCAGAACAGAUGAAAUAUGACUGUUUAAUGUGACCUUGUAAAAAUUUUAAAAAAGUUUGUUAGGCCUCGUGUCUCAAUGGAGGCUCCAGUCGAGUCUAUAGUAUAUAACUCUGAUCUUUGUGAUACUGUAUAACAUCAUAAAUUUUUUUAUAUUUGUAAUACCUGCCCCAUGUGGCCUUGAUUUUUCUCCAGCUAAAAAUUACACUUAGAAUGUUGCACUGUCUAAUCAUCUUGGGACAAAUCACAAUUUCCAAAGUCAAAUUGAUUGGACAAACCUCUUUGGCAUUUUUUUUUUUUUUUUAGUGUCUUAAAAAUACAUCACUAAAGGUUUUUUAAAUACUGUACUGUAAACUAAAGGCAAAUAGAAUAUUGUACAGAAUAAAUGACAGUACUGGUAUGGUAAUACAAUGCCACCUCCAAAUUUUGACUACAUAACUAAUAAUUUAAGUAAUGCAUUAGUUUUAUCAUAUGACCCAUACAAAAUUUGGAUUAAGACAUUCGUUAAUGUUUGCUGUGAAAGCUGGAUUGUCACCAUAUAGUAAAUUUUAGCAGAUAGUGUUUUUUUUACUCCUAUUGAUCUUGUUCUUUUAGAAAAUAUUCUAAACUUUUUUCCUAUCAUAAGGUAUAUAAAAUUUACUUCAUUUAACUGGUUCCUUGCAGUACAUUAUUUUCUCUUAGACAAGGCUAACCAUACACAUUUAGUACUUUAUAUUAAUCAUUUGCAGUUAUACACAAAAUGUAAAAUACUUUGGUGCAUAAGCCCCACAGAACAGUGAUUUUAGCCUAGUAUAGUUUAUAUCUGCAUCUUACUUUAUAUGGAUAAAUAAAUAUUAGGUACAUUUUCCCCAAGACUAAUAAAUAUAAUAUAUAUUGCACACACACGCGCACGUGUGGUAGGCUGCAAUUUGAGGCAACCCACACUCUAGUACCACUUGCCCACUUCUGUCCCAUCCAAAUCUUGUCCAACCACUUUGGCUAGACGGUAGAGCGACAGUCUCGCUUCAUGCAGGUUGAAGCUCGAUCCCCAACUGUCCAAAUGAUUGGGCACCAUUCCUUUCCCUCGUCCCAUCCCAAAUCCUUAUCCUAACCCCGAUAACUCGCUCCCUCCUAUCCACAUCUGCCUCGGAGCCUGUGAUAUGUGCCCUACUGAAAGAUCUGCUUCUAACUUGCCCUAAGGAAAGCUCCCUGAUGACCCCACAGCAUCAAUGCAAAUUGGGGGGGGGGGUCUUCAAGCCGCAGGCUUCCUGUCCUCGUCGAGGCCACUAGGGUUAGUGGCCCUCGGGAAAAUCGGUUCGUGUAGUACUGGACCUUGCCUAUGUACUGCCCUCUCUUAACCAUUCUGAUGAUUGUGCAAUCCAACUGUGAUUCUGUGGCAGUGGCAUCUAUCACCCAGUGUGGCAAGCACUCCAUUGCUGAUGUCUUUGAUGUGACAUCACACGUGACUGUCUUAGUAUCUUGUUCUGCCAAAUUUGUCUAUGGACCAAAUACUGUAUUUUCAUCUUGUUUAUUAUUCCUUAGUGUAUGGUUAUCAUGUUGAUUCACAGGGUAAUACAGUUAUCAUAUGUUGAUUUAAAGCUUUACACAAAUGAUGCCAAAAUUGAUAUAAUGUCUAUACGGAUGUAGUGGAGUUUACCUUGACACAUGAAAAUAUCCUGAUGUCAUUUCAAGAUUGGUUGAUUGGCUAAUGCAGUUAUCAUUGCAAAUAUUACCAUGUCAAUGUGGUAAUUGUCAUGGUAUAACAUUCCAUUAUAAUUACAUGAUGGGCAUAUUAUGUUCAUGUGGUUUUCACAACUACCUGUAUACCUACCUAAUCAACCUGCCCUGGUGAGGCCACUCCAGACCAGGCCGACACCAGAGCGCAACUCCAUAGUCUCCUGAGACUGAUGGAUGCCUACUACUGUACAUGGUUAUGAAGUACACCAGGUUAACAAAACAUUUGAACAUCAUAAUAAAGUAACUACACAAAGCCUGUUGGCUCAUACGAGGCAGCUUUUAUUUAUAUCAUGGGUGUAAAUAAGAGCUGCUUUGUAUAGGCCCGUACAGGAAUGAAUGUACAGGUAUCAAUAAGAACUAAGGAAACUGCAGAAGACCUGUUGGUCCAUAAGAGGCCACACCUAAUUAUAUCGCACUACCGUAACUGAUGGUAGUGUGAUUUAAAGCUCUCAUUUCUAACUUUCCUUGCCUCAAGUUUAUUCUUUGUUUUAAUUUUGCCGCCUAACUCUGAUGUUGUGAAAUACAAUGCUAAAUCUAAUUUAUGUUUUUCCUGCUUGCCUAAUUGUUACACCAUCUUGCUCCCUCUUUACCUGUUCUUUGGGCAUUUAUUAUUCAAUAGAAUAUAACGAGGUAUACCACGUAAACCAAUAGAUAAUUGAAUUGUCAUGCAUUAUGUAUACUGUACUUGGAGCCUGCCAUCCUCUGUGGAAGCCACACUGGUGGCUUAUGCCUUUGUUUCAAACAAUAUUCUUGCCCAUGUGGUGCCAUUUAGGCCAUGUCAUUGCCUAGAGCCCAAUACUAUGGAAUGUUAAACCCUUCUCUCUAAUGUAUUUGGGUGUAAUGGGGUAUACCAGGUAAACAAAUCAAUUGAAAUAUUAUCACGUUAUGUGAUUUAUCAAGUUAGUAAACACACAUACCGUACUCUUGUAAAUAAAGAGAAACGAGUGAUAAUCGGUGAAACAUUUGAGAAUGACACAGGAAGUGUCAGCAAAGUCGGGCACCAUGAGUUGCCAGACAUAGCCACCAUCUAACCUUUGAGUGCCUCCACCCAGUGAAACAAUAAAUAUUUAUUUCUGGGUUUCUUAAAUUUUGCAUACAAAUAAAUCUAUAUGAAAAAUUCUUUUAAUUUUGUAUUUUUUGCGCAUAGGCAGAAAUGACCAUUUUGCUACAGCCGCUGUCAAAGGGUUAAAGGGCCCCGAGUCACCUUUACUCUAGUAUGAUGUGUUCCGAGUUACAUUUAUUUGUAAUUCGUCCUUAAACAUAUACAUAGUUACUACAAAAAACUAGGUUUAAACAAAACAAAACAACAAAUGACAACUUUCCUUUUUUUUUCCUCAAAUGUCUAAUCACAUAGUUUGAUUUCUUUCAAAUAAAGCUAAAUAUGUAGCUUAAAAAUAUAAUUUUAAAAUGGUUAUCUGAAAACAAAAAUUGGUUAAAAAUUACUUGCUUGGCGCGAGGCCUCUUUAAGCACUACUCUAUUCUUGGAUACCCUUAGUGGUCUUUUCCCUUUCUCUGCGGACCAGGGUUUCUUGUGCACUUUACAUGGAGGACCACACCCCUGAUGCUGAACCAUUUUUCCCUUCAGUGUCUGCUCAGCUUGCACUCCCAUAGUUCUAUGGGGUGCAACCAGAUCCAGAGCUGCCAAACAGGCUUUAAAUUCUCUACUGCAGCAUUUGUAUUAUUUUUUUAUUAGAAAACAUUGUCUACAGUCCACCCUAAAUUUUUACAAAUAUAAACUUGUUUAUAUAGAUUAUACAAAACUCUUAUGUGCGAUAUGAGUGUGCAUACAAAUCUAGUGUUCUAUUGUUACUACACCACUAUCAACACUGCCUUCAGUACUUUGCAUGGGCCCUCCAGUUUCUCCAAAUUCAUUACACACACAAAUCACAAUAGCGUGAUGCAUCAAAUGAGCAAAUCCACAACGGCUGUGACAAGGAUUCGAACCAACGCCCAAGAGCAUCUUAGACGCUGUUGGAUGCUCUUGAACGUCGGUUCGAAUCCUCGUCACGGCCCUUGUGGAUUUGUUUCUCCAAAUUCACAUUUGUACCACGCCUUGACCAAUGCCACAUUUGAAAGCCCUGGGUGUUUUACUGCAAAUAUUACAUACUGUAGUUGCAACAGUCUGCAAUGUGUCCCCUCGUAAUGUCUCUACCUUACUCGCAUGGAGAGUAAGGUCAAUUUAGCUAUUUGCUAAAUUUUGUAAAGCCCUAAUCUAUUCAUUGAAGAAUUAUACUCCAUACUGUUCCAAAAUGCUUCUUGAAGAUUUUUUAUUCAUGCUCUACUGGCUCUGUACAGACAGGUCAAAAUCUGCUGGUCAUGACCAUUUCCACUAUUUAACAAUGUAUCAAUAACAAAAUAUCCUCACAAUGACCUUGCUGAUGCUGCUGCUGCUAAGGAAGUUGUUUGUGCUCAUUUCAUAUCCCUAGUACAAUUCCGUACUGUACUUGAAUUUCUGUCCUGUCAUUCCUAACACAAAACUGCAACCAUUGGAGAGAUUAAUAAUGUGUAAUGUAUUUGUAUUUGCUAUUAAAUUUGACCUAUUUUGCUCUUCAUUAUCAGAACCAAAUUGUUUUGCCAAUAGUAAAACAAUGCAUUUUGCCAUUUAUAAUGUCAGGAUCAGAAAUUUUACAUUCCCACUGUUCCUUAAUCAUUUCUACCUUGAUAAAAUCCUAGGUAAAACUGCCUCCACUGACAAUGCUCAUUUUAUCUAUUUUCGUUGAUACGUAUACAGUACUUAAUGAUAUCUAGGAACUCUUGACCCUUGUGACAGACUGUGCUUAGUCUUCCAGGCUUAGCUCCCUCUUAUGGUAAUUACUUGACUUUACUUGCUCAAAAGGCCGGUCUGACUGGCUGGCUUCCAAACUUUGCCAGUUAGACCCGUAAUCAUACAUACAGCAAAACUGAUCGUGACUAUGAAGCUUGGACGGUGUGAUGGGGAGCAAGUAUUUAUUGCGUGCAUGUCAUAUAUAUAAUGUAUGUAUAUAUAUAUACAGUAUAAUGUGUGUGUGUGUGUAUACAGUAUACUGCAUAUAUGUUUCAUUGAAUAUGACUGCAUAUUCCACGGUGAUUACUCUUUUGUUCAGGGCUUGUAUCCCUCUGACUUGUGCUCUUGCAUCUUGGUUUAAUUGGAAGAGGAUUUCUCCAAAUGUCAUUUGUUGAUAUAUUAACCUAUCACCUUACUUUACCUCUACUUUUUGUUUUCUUUCGCCUUUCUCCCGGUUUAAUUUUGUAUGUACCUGACCUCCCAGUGUUAUGAAUCAGAAAUCUGUCAUGUCACUCCACGCUUGACAAUGAACCUUGUAGGUUCGAAACUGUGUAAAUUAUUAUACAGUACUAUACAUACAAUACAUUAUAGUUCAUUUUUGUUCUUUUAUUCAAUCUUGAACAAAGAUGAGAUUUGGAGAAAUCCUCUUCCACUUAAACCAAGAUGCAAGAGCACAAGUUAGAGGAAUAGAUGCCCUGAACAAGAAAUAGUCAACACAGAAUAUCCAGUCGUCAUAUUCAAUGAAACAUGUCUACAUGCAUGGGCACAUACGUACAUACAUACAUAUAUUAUACACACAUGUACAGUAUACAUAUGUGUGUAUAUUGUAUAUCCAACAAUACUGGCAUCAUUGAUCAUUUAGUGUAAGUUUUUUAUGCUUCUAUUUUCGUAGUAUCUGUGUUAAGAAUAGCAAUCACGUUGCCAAAAUAUAUGGUAAGGAAACUCUAAUAAUUAUUGAAGAAUUUAUUUGCAACAAUGUUUCAUUCUUCUCUGGAGCAUCUUUAGGUGGAGAAUGAAUACAGACGGUAAAACACUGGGCUAAAUGCACGAGUAAGGAUCAAGGGAGUGUGAAGACAGGUGAUUGGGCCAAACAUUGGGUAAAAUACUGGGUCAAAACUGGUACUCUGUGGGUGGAGAGACCUCGGCAGAGACACCUUCAUUGCCCAAUGAUGUGCUGUGAGAUUUGGGUCCAAACGCUGCCAAGUGUUGAAUGAGCAAAGUUUCUUUUUUUUAAUAUAUUUAAGGUGGGCCCUUUUUCUUUUAUAAGUGUGGUUUCCAGGAUUUGUAAUCUUCUUUGGUUGGUAGUAGAUUCCAGAAUUUUUUGUAUUUUUUCUAGCAUGUUCCUGGAAUUUACUAACCAAAGAAGACUGCAAAGUCUGAAAGUUAUACUUAUAAAAGAAAAAAGAACCCCCCUUAAACAUACAAAAUAACAACUUCGCCUUCCCUACCGACACUCGAACAGAGACCUCGCCACACAUCACCAGAUAAUGAGGUCUCGUAGCCCACUAACAGUACCAGAGUUUUUCCCAAGGUCUUUUCCAAUGUUUCAUUGACCCUAUCACCUCUCCUCACACUCCCUCAAGCCUUUCUCAUGUGUAUUUAGCCUAAUGUUUUAUCGUCGGUAUUCAUUCUUCGUCUGAAGAUGUUCCAGGGAGGAACGGAAUGUUGUAGCAAAUAAAUUCUUUGAUAAUUAAUAGUUUCCUUACAAUGAAUUGCCGGUAUGUUAACUUGACUGCUCUAAUUAAUACUGUUACAAAGAAAAUAAAAGCAUAGAACGCUUACACUAUAAGCUCAACAAUGCCAGUAAUAUGGCCAUAUUUAACCAACUGUCUAAAGGAAAAUAUCCACCAUAUCAUGGUUAAUAUCAUUUCAUUCAUUUGGACCAUUGGAGCCUUGAACUGCCAACCACACAAGCAGCAGUAGCCUGCAGCUCUCCCUAAUGAGCCUCCAGUACCCACAAUAAGAAAGGAUUCCAGAGACACCUAUCUGCUGUCCAACUGGAACUAAGACCUUCCCUUGGAUACCAACUUGGCAUGGUGUUAGGUGAUCCAUGUCCUACUCAUGUAAAAUGCUGAACCACCAGCACUCGGUAGAUAGAGCUGCAGGCUCGUAGUGUCUGCAAUUCAAGGCUCUGAUGUUCCAAGUGAAUGAAAUAUUGUUAUUCAAGAUAUGGUGGUUAGCAAUUUAUAUUCAUAUGAAUUAUGAAUUAUAUGACUAGGCUGUAUAUCACCUAAUACCUUCAUGCCAAAGUGACACCCCAGUGAGGACCUAAAGUAUCAGCUGAACAGCAGGUACGUGUCUCUGGAAUCCUUAUUUAUUAUGUAUGUUGGUGGCUCAGUAGGUAAAGCUGCGUAUAUAAUAUAUAUAUAUAUGUCCUAAGUGCACAAAUCCAUAUUUGUUAAAUGCAACUUAAUUAUACAUGUGGACCACUGAAUAUAAGAUUAUAAAGUUCCUGGGCAAGCAAGCUUUUUAUAGUAGAGGCAUUUCUGUAAUAGCCUCAGUGUUACAUUUUGAAUGUAUAACUACAAGACAGUAAGAUUUGAUGUGCUUGUAAAUAUAAUGGAGGUAGUCGAGUUGAAGUAUUCAGGUGUUUCGUAAAUUCUAUUCAUACGUGUCGUGAGACUCAAAGUUUUGGUGACCAAAAUGGUGUGAAUGAUUUACAUGUUUAUACUUUCUGUAUAAUUUUUGUAUGUAAUUUUAUAUAUGGAAUCAUUAUUGCUAUAAUGCUAAUUAAAUGUUGUAAAUCAG